AUGUGAAACAUCGAAGGAGACACGACGUUUGUUUUUCCUGUUUCCUCCUUCUUAUAAACAGUGUGAGGUUUAUACGCGUUCAGGGCCAUCGGCGUCUCAUGUGGAGCAGCAACCAAGAAACCGGAAAUGAUGUAGAUUAGAAAAAGACACGUUACACCGAAGAGUGCCUCCGUUCAUUAUUGUGAAACAACGCGACAACCAUAAUAAUUUAAUGCAGGCUUUUUUAGUUAUUUCAAUAAUGUGAAUGGAUGAGUUAAUGGACUAUGAACAAAUAGUAGUGGUGAAGUAAGGAUUAUGAAGUCAGGAUUAUCGUUAAAGACUUUGUAGACCGUCCCAGAGGCUGACAAAUCGCGCAGAACGUACUACUAUAACAAAUAAGUGCAUUUAAUAAGCCCCUUGCCCCAUCGGGUAGUUUACGUCGGGGGGAUAACCGGGAUAACAGGAGUGCCGAAGAAACGGUGAGAAGCGAUAUUCUCGGAUGAAAUGUGACAACAGCAGCAGUCACUCAUCUUGCCUGCGUCGUUCGUCACAUACUCUCUGAUAGCGAAACAGGAAGUAGGAAGACUGCUUCGCACAAAGUGAGAGUGCGGGGCCAGUUGGUGCGCUCGUUAAGCUGAAGGCGCACAAAGAGCAACAACUACACCUGCUCAACACAUUUAGGACACAACUCAAGGGAUGGCUCCACGAAUGGACGAUUGUGUACGUCUGUGCUGUGAAAUAGGAUCCCACCAGGAGAUCGAGGUGGCAGUUAAAAACUCCACCAAAGGAGCCAUUUUGGCAGGAGGAACUGCCUUUGUAGGCGGGAUGCUCGGUGGACCUCCAGGGAUCGCUGUUGGCGGUGCAGUGGGCGGUCUCCUGGGCAGCUGGCUGACCAGCGGACAGUUCAGGCCUCUGCCUCAGAUCCUGAUGGAGUUGCCUGCGGCCCAGAAACAGAAGCUCUACGAUAACGUCGCAGACAUCUUGAAGGACCUGGACUGGACGGACGUGGCGCAGCUCAUCGCCCUGGUGAUGGGCAACGCCACUCUCCAACAGAAGGUCACCGCCGCGUUGCUGAACUACGUCAGAACACAGCUCCAAUCCGAGGUGCGCUAUAAAGACUGAGUUGUGACGAGGCGUGGCCUUUUAAGGAUCGGCUCCGCCCACACAUCCUCACCAAGUGUUUUUGUACUCCCGAAAAACUGGAUCAUGAAGGUUUUCACUUUAAAGGCAGAUAUUGUACUUCUUUUUUUACUGCACUACAAAAUUCAAAUCAAUAAAUUGCAAUGUAUUGUUAUAGACCAA